GUCUUUUCUUUCUCAGCGGUGGCUGCGGAGGCACUGCGGGAGGCGGGAGUCUUCUCGGAAAUGCUGUCUGCCCUACACCGCUUCGCCCACAACAAGGAGGUCUGCCUCUCCUGCUGCGGAGUCAUUUGGAGCCUGAUGGCCAGCCUGACGAACCCGGCCGCAGUCCCACUGAAGGAGGCCCUGGAGGCCGUGGCCCUCGUCCUUCACGGCAACAUGGAGCACGGCGAAGUGGCCGAAGCCGCCUGCUGUGCCUUCUGGGCCCUGGCCCUUCACGGUAUUGCGGAGGAAGAGGCCCACGACCCUUACGCCUUGCUGCUGAUGGAGGCCCUUCGGCGGCACAAGGAGCGCCCCAUCCUGGCCAAGAACGCCUGCCUGGCCCUGGCCGCCCUCCUCCGGACCUCAGACCUCUCAGGAUUCCGCUUUAUCCUGACCGACGCGACGGGGAGCGGGAUGAGCCUCUUGAAGGAGAUCUACCGGCUGCACCGCGAAGACCCCGAAGUCGUGGAGGACCUCUGCCUCCUCGUCCAGGAGAUGCUCAAAUACGACGGAAUCGUGGUGGAGAUGGCCUCCCAGAACAUGGCGGAAAUGCUGAGCGAAAUGAAGGACCGGUUCACCUCCAGCCUGGAAAUUGUCGAUCUGGCUGAAAAAGCGCUUGCCAAGCUGCACAAGACGGUGAGCCAUUUCCAAAUACAAUUUAUUUAGAAAAAUAAAUUCCUCAACAGCUUGGAAAUUAUCCUAUUCAAAACAAUAAUA